UGUUCAUGGUAGGACAAGCUUCUUCAGAGUAAUUGCGCGCUGUUUGGGUAACUAAUGCAUCCCAAAAUUCCCAAUCCAUUUCCUUCUUCCUCUUCUUCUUCUUCUUCUUCUUCUUCAUUGCGGAAGCAAUUCGGAUUAGUUUCAUUUCCAACAGCGCCUCGAGCUCAAUCCAGGAUCCCAAGCCCUCCACCGAGGCGGCGGCGGCCGGAGUGCCGCGAUGGCCUCGCCGCAGCGGGCGGCGACCAUCCUGCCCCCGCUGCUGCUGCUGCUCUCCGUCUGCGCGCGCGGCGGCGGGGACCUCCGGCGGGUUGUGGAGGUCCCGGGCGAACCGGGGUCGGUGGUGUGGGCGGUGCAGCUGUCGGACCUCCACCUCAGCGCCUUCCACCCGGAGCGCGCCGCCGACUUCCGCCGCCACGUGGGCGACGCGCUCGCCAUGGUGAACCCCGCGCUCGUCCUCAUCACCGGCGAUCUCACCGAUGCAAAAAGCAAGGAUUUGUUGUUGUCAAGGCAAGAGGAGUCUGAAUGGAUUGAGUAUGCAGGAGUUAUGGAUGAUGUUGCUAAUAGGAGUGGGCUGAACAAGGAAAUAUUUUAUGAUUUACGAGGUAAUCAUGAUUCAUAUGGUGUUCCUGAGGUUGGUGGCAUGUUUGAUUUCUACAAAAAGCACAGCAUUAAUGCAAGAUUAGGACGGACAGGUGCUGUCCAAAGUAUAACAUUACAGAAUAAUGGCAGGAAGCAUUUAUUUGUUGGAUUUGACAGUGCAAUGGGUGCUGGUCUCCGAAGCCCAACAAAUAUAUUUGGGCAACCUACAGAUCAGUUACUUUCUGAUUUGGAUGCAGCACUUUCACAGUGGGAUAAUCAAUCUUCAAGUUCCCCGAUAACAAAGAUCGCCUUUGGACAUUUCCCUAUAUCCUUUUCUGCAUCAACAACUUCAGGAAGAAAUAUUAGAGAUGUUUUUCUGAAGCAUUCACUCUCCACUUACUUGUGUGGGCAUCUUCAUACAAAUUUUGGAAGAAACUUGAAGCGCCAUCAUACUUCUGAGCAGCAUCAAUUUUCUUCUAAACAGUAUUUUCAAUUUGAUGUCCAUGAAGUUAUGUCAACAGCUGUCAGUAAUGGUAAUUGUUCUGCAAGGACAGAGUCUGUAGCAGAAUUCUGGGAGUGGGAGAUGGGUGAUUGGAGAAGCGCCAGGAGCAUGAGGAUUCUAGCCAUUGAUUCUGGCCAUGUCUCAUAUGCUGACAUGGAUUUCAGAUUUGGUUCUAGAGAUGUGAUCAUAGUACCCACCUUUCCAGUGGAUUCACGGUUUAUGCAGAGAUCUUCAGAUCCUUUUGAUUUUAUUUGCCAAGAGACUAGCACCACGCAUUUAGGGACUGUGAGAGCCCUUGUCUUUUCAAGAUACAAGAUUGAAUCUGUAACUGUAAAAGUAUAUGAAUCACAUUAUGGAAGUUUUCAUUCGGUACUAGAGCAAGAAAUGGAAAGAACUAGUGGAAAGGGAGCUAGAGGAGCUAUGUAUACGUUCACAUGGAACUGGAGAGAUUUUUUAGAUGAUUCACCAGAUCGGUACUGGCACCAGAUAGAAGCAGUGGACAUGAGUGGGGAGGUUUACCUCAGCGAACUGAGGCCAUUUUCAGUUAAUGGUCUAAGUGCAAAAGUUAGUUGGACAUGGAAGGAAUUUAGAGUAAUGGGUUGCCAAUGGAAUCAACUGUACUACCCAAUUAUGUGGACUACCCUUACAUUUCUCUUUUCAUUGGUUCUAGUUCCUCGCACUUCACUCACAUUCUUUAAGAAUCAAUUAAUGUUAAAAUUCCUUAGACCAAAGAUGACCAGAAGUUCAGGAGGCUUUUCUCCAGUUAAUUUUGAGUUUUUUGCAGCUGAGCUUUCCAAGAUGUAUAUCAUUUGGUCUGGAAUGUUGUUGUAUUUGCUAUAUUUGGUCUUCUUCGCAUGGUUUAGUGGCUAUGCUGUUAUGGAGAAUCACAAUAAGAUGUAUUUGCAUUACAAAGGCUGGAGCACUAAGUAUCUUGCGAACACCAGUAAAAGGCCAUAUAUUGGAUUCCCUGACGUGAUGGUUAUUGUUCUUCCUCAUCUUCUGUUUGUGGUUUUGCCAGCCUUUCUUGUUAUAGCAGCUAUAGCAGCAGUAAGAGUUUUGUGUCUAGGUCAUGAUAUCUCCCAGAUGGCAAAGAAGGAUGAUGAUCACCAUAAAAAGACAUGGUACACAAAUUAUGUUGGUGUGCUUCAUUGGUUUAGAAAGAUUCUAAUACUUCUAUGCCUACCAAUUGUCUGGAAGCAUUGGAAGCAUUGCAGAGGUAUCGUCAGGGCAUAUGAGGUUAAUCCAUUCAUGGAUGCACCCGUCUACUGCUUUGGUGUUCCAGCACUUCUGUGGUUGUCCAUAUUCAGGAGUUCAUCUGUAGGAGUUUAUCAAAAUUGAGUUAUUCGUACUACGGAAGACAGCAAAGCAUUUAUAGGACCAUUUUCUUGCAGUUAUACAGUGGAAGGUGAAAUUCUAUAGUUUUAGAAGAACAUUUCUCAAAAAUGUAGAACAGGUCCCUUGACCUUAGCUGCCUCGUUCUUUUAAGAAAAAACAGCUGCAUUCAGUCAGUGAAAGUAUUGACUCAGCUGUGAAGGUAUGAAUGUUAAAUACAUGAGACAACCUUGAUUGUAUUCUUUUUCUUUUGGAAAGGGGCCAUUCUGUACAAUUUUAAACGGUGUACUUCAUCCCAC